CGUCGGUUGAUUUUCUUCGCUGGGUCGAAGAAGCGGCGACGAGCCGGCUGGCGCUCCACUUCUUCGGAACAUCGAUGUUAGCGGCGGGUGAGCCCGAGGCACGCGUGGGUUUUGUUGCUUUACCGUUCCAAAUUUGAGCACUGUUCUCUCCUUUUCUGGAGGAUUUGCCUUGCUGCCUUAAACCAUGGACAUCAUGGGAUUUCUGAAGUCUCAAUUCAUUUGUCAUCUUAUUCUCAGUUAUGUAUUUAUAAUGUCAGGGUUGAUAAUCAACCUCAUUCAACUCUUCACGCUAAUUCUCUGGCCAUUCAACAAGCAACUUUUCAGAAAAAUCAACUGCAAGCUGUCAUAUUCUCUUUCAAGCCAGUUGGUGGUGCUGCUGGAAUGGUGGUCAGGCACUACCUGUAGCAUCCACAUAGAUGAACAAUCAAAGCACAACAUUGGGAAAGAGAAUGCCAUUGUCAUCCUUAAUCACAACUUUGAAAUCGAUUUUGUCUGUGGUUGGAGCUGUUGUGAAAAAUUUGGGGUUCUGGGGAGUUCCAAAGUCUUUGCCAAGAAAGAACUUUCCUACAUGCCGAUCAUUGGCUGGAUGUGGUACUUCUUAGAGAUGGUGUUCUGCAAGCGAAAAUGGGGAGAGGAUCGGAAAACUGUCAUGCGCAGCCUGCUCAAUCUCCGAGAUUAUCCUGAAUACUUCUGGUUUUUGAUUCACUGUGAAGGCACAAGAUUUACCGAGCAAAAACAUGAAAUCAGCAUGCAGGUGGCUGAAGCUAAAGGCUUGCCAAAGCUCAAACAUCACCUCCUCCCGCGAACCAAAGGAUUUGCUCUCACCGUCCAAUGUUUGAGAAAUGUAGUUUCAGCUGUAUAUGAUUCUACGCUGAACUUCAGAAAUAAUGAAAAUCCAACACUACUCGGAAUUUUACAUGGGAAGAAAUACCAUGCAGAUUUAUAUGUAAGGCGGAUUCCAUUAGAGGAGGUUCCAGAAGGCGACCAGGAGUGUUCUGAUUGGCUUUACAAACUCUACCAAGAAAAGGAUAUCAUCCAAGAAGAAUAUUACAGGACAGGAAGAUAUCCAGAGAACUCUACUGUGCUUCCUCGGCGGCCAUGGCCUCUCUUGAAUUGGCUUUUCUGGGCCUUGUUGCUACUCUACCCUUUAUUCAAGCUGCUCAUCAACAUGAUCAGCAGUGGCUCAUACCUGACACUUGCCACUGUAGCCUCUGUCUUGAUUGCAGUUUCAGUUGGUGUUCGAUGGAUGAUAGGAGUAACAGAAAUUAACAAAGGCUCAACUUACGGCCACCAGGGACACAAGGAGAAGCAAAAGUGAAAAUCUCCAGAGACUGCUUCAUACCCAAAGGGAACAAGCUAGUGAACUGCUGUGAACAGUCUUCAGUCAUGAAGACCAGGAAUCUGUUAGAGAAAGCUGAUGCCUCCACUGAAGUCACAUCUCUUCAUCUCUUCUCUUAUCCAUCUCCUCCGAUUCUCCAGCUGGCAACAAAAGUCAAUAUUCUGCAAUUUAUUUUAUUUUAUUUUUCUAUACUUUUCUUUAAUUCAGAUUUUCCAGAGAAACCAUUCUUUUUUUUAAUUAACGAAGAGAAAGUAUGCAGACAUAGUAUUAGGAAGGAAGCAAAUGAAUGAAUGAAUAUUUUUUUUUUCU